UAAAUCAUCUAUUUAGCUAUUAUAUAUACCCUUGAAAUUUUCUUUUUAAGAUAGAUCACAAGCAUCACAAAACAUUAAAAAAGAACUCCCAUGACUUCUAAGUUUCCCAAUAUUUGCUCUUGUUUGUUCCUAGUGUUGUUCUAUCUCAUAAGCCUCGCCAAUGGGCAAUUCUACUCAGAUGAACACCCUCUUUCGACAUCCGAAAUCCGGGUCGAAAAAAUGACCCAUCUGCACUUCUUCUUCCAUGACAUUGUAAGUGGCAAACACCCAUCCGCAGUCCAAAUAGCCACCCCAAAAACCUUGUCUAAAAACGGUUUCGGAGUAACAAAUAUGGCAGAUGACCGGUUAACGGUCGAGGCGAAUACGAGGUCCGAGGUCAUAGGACGGGCACAAGGGAUGUAUGGCCUUGCCUCGCAGAAUGAGAUUGCAUUGUUAAUGGUAAUGAACUAUGUGUUUACUAAAGGGAAAUAUAAUGGGAGUAGCAUAGCUAUUGUUGGAAGGAAUCCUCCCUUGCAAGAUGUUAGGGAGAUGCCUAUUGUUGGAGGAACUGGGCUUUUUCGUUUUGCUCGUGGAUAUGCUUUGGCCCAUACUGUUUGGUCCAACCCAGAACAUGAUGCCAUUGUGGAGUAUCAUGUUUAUGUCUAUCACUUUUGAAAUUUAAUUAAUGUAUGCUAAUAUAUGGCAUUAUUGAAGUGUUAUUAUUUAAAAGGAAGUUUGGUGUAACUUUUCCAAUGUUUAUCUCAUCACUAUUAUAUAU